AUGCAGCAUGAGAUGGCGCUGUCCGACCACUGGCGACAGCAAGUCGACCUUCGCCACAGUCGGAUGUCUUUUCUCGUGGUAGAGCUUAGCCACUCCAAUUUCGCGGGCGAAUCUCUAAGGGGUAGCCCUGGUGUCACUCAAGGGCCGUCACAAGACUCGACGACGGACGAUCGACUCUCUGCUCUCUCCGCCGGCAAGUGGCCUCUGAGGAAGUCUUCUUGUACCUCAACCCACCCGGCUAAGCGGACGAAAAGGAUCGUACCGGACGUUCUGAUGGCGAAGAGGAAAGUUCUCACGCGUUCUGAGCAAGCUGCGUCGCCGAGCGUCCCGACAUCUUCAGACUUGAGCCUCAAUUACGACAGCAAACCAAUCCGGGCUGCCAUGUCUGGAUCUCGUUCUUCCCGUCGUCGGCCGUAG